UCUUGAGAUUAACCAAACAAAAAAAAAAAAAGUUUAACUACCUUCUUUGCUAUCUUGAUUAUCCCUCUUUGCUUUGCUUUAAUUACUUUCAAUAAUUCUCAAAUUUGAGAUUUGUGUCCUUUGUUGUAGUUCUAUUUGUGAGCUUAAUUUCCUCUACUUUUUUAUUUUAUUUAAUCACUAAAAAUGACUAUCCAACUAGAGGGGAAAAAACUCCAUGACCAAGACCAAUCCAUGGUGCCUCAAACCAAUGCAUUUGGCCAUAAUUUUAGGGACUACAACAAUGCACAAAGUGAAAGGCAAAAAGGGGUAGAAAAAUUCUACAAAGCACAACACAUAAAUCAAACUUAUGACUUUGUAAAGAAAAUGAGACAAGAUUAUUCAAAAUUGGACAAGGCAAAAAUGAGCAUAUGGGAAUGUUGUGAAUUAUUAAAUGAUGUUGUUGAUGAUAGUGAUCCUGAUUUAGAUGAACCACAAAUCCAACAUUUAUUACAAAGUGCUGAGGCAAUUAGAAAAGAUUAUCCUAAUGAAGGUUGGCUUCAUUUAACAGCCUUAAUUCAUGACUUAGGUAAAAUACUUGUUUUACCUAAGUUUGGUGGUCUACCUCAAUGGGCUGUUGUUGGUGACACAUUCCCGGUGGGGUGUGCAUUUGAUGAAUCAAAUAUCCACCACAAAUACUUUCAAGAAAAUCAAGAUUUUGACAACCCAAUUUACAACACAAAAAAUGGAAUAUAUUCUGAAUUUGUUGGACUAGAAAAUGUCAUGAUGUCAUGGGGUCAUGAUGAUUAUAUGUACAUGGUUGCUAAAGAGAAUGGUACAACAUUGCCAUCAGCUGGACUUUUUAUUAUAAGGUAUCAUUCAUUUUAUCCAUUGCAUAAAAAUGGAGCUUAUAAACAUUUGAUGAAUGAUGAAGAUGAAGAGAAUUUGAAGUGGCUUCAUAUUUUUAAUAAAUAUGAUUUGUAUAGCAAAAGCAAAGUUCAUGUUAAUGUGGAAGAGGUCAAACCUUAUUAUAUCUCUCUAAUUGAAAAAUAUUUUCCAGCAAAGCUAAGGUGGUGAAAAGGAGGUGAUGAAGUUAUGAACAAAAAAUUUAAUUUGUGUAUGUUGAUUAAGUUGUAUAAUAGUUUGUAAUAUUGGAGUAAUAAUAAUAAAUUAAGGAGUGUUUAUUAAUAGUCUCUUAUGGGGAUGGAAUGGGAAAAGUUACUAUGUAAAUACCCA